GGGUGCACCGGGCAGGCUUAUACCCACUCGGUUGUCGUUGCGAUUACGAAAAAAAAAAAGCGCAGUCGCCGUGUCCAUCUCCUCCGCCUCUUCCCAAUCCCACCGUCCAUCUCCUCCUCCUCCUCCUCCUCCUCCUCCGCCGUGCCGCCGCCGUCGGAAUCGGCCCAAUCAAUUAUCCGCAGCUCGGGGGGCGCCCUCCCCUCCGACCAUGGCGUCGGGCCAGGAGCCGUCGGCGGGGACGACGCUGAUGGACCUGAUCACCUCAGAUCCGACCGCCGCGGCCGCCGCUUCCUCCUCCUCCUCGUCGGCGCCGACGGCCCCCGGGUCCACCCUGGGCAAGCCGGCCGCGGAUCGCAAGUCGAAGCGGACCACCUUGAUGCAGAUCCAGAGCGACACCAUCUCCGUCGCCAAGGCCCUCAACCCCGUCAAGGCCAUCCCUCAGAGGCAAAAGAAGAAGCCGGUCUCGUAUGCUCAGCUGGCGCGAAGCAUCCAUGAGCUCGCCGCCGCAUCGGAUCAGAAAAGCUCUCAGAAGCAGCUAGUGCAGCAUGUGUUUCCUAAGCUCGCCGUGUAUAACUCGGUAGAUCCUUCCGUGGCUCCGUCACUUCUAAUGCUUCAUCAACAAUGUGAAGAUAGAAGUGUUCUGCGUUAUGUUUACUACUACUUGGCCAGAAUCUUGUCAGAUAGUGGUGCCCAGGGUUUGAGUCCUGGGGGUGGAAUUCCCACACCGAACUGGGAUGCACUUGCAGAUAUUGAUGCUGUUGGAGGAGUUACUAGAGCGGAUGUCAUACCCCGUAUUGUAGAGCAGCUAUCGGCAGAAGCCUCUAAUGAGGACGUUGAAUUUCAUGCACGAAGACUUGCAGCUCUCAAGGCCCUUACUGCUGCAUCAGCAAGCAAUUCUGACAUCUUGGGGAAGUUGUAUGAGAUUGUAUUUGGCAUUCUAGAGAAGGUUGCCGACACGAAACAAAAACGCAAGAAGGGUAUUUUCAGCAAGCAAGGAGGCGAUAAGGAGUCUAUUAUCCGCAGUAACUUGCAAUAUGCUUCCAUGAGUGCUCUAAGAAGACUUCCUUUGGAUCCUGGAAAUCCAGCUUUCCUCCAUCGAGCUGCGCAGGGGAUUUUGUUUGCUGAUCCAGUUGCAGUGAGACAUUCGCUAGCAAUCAUUUCUGAUAUAGCUUCAAGAGAUCCAUACUCUGUGGCGAUGGCUUUGGGAAAGCAUGCACAGCCGGGAGGUGCUUUACAUGAUAUACUUCAUUUGCAUGAUGUUCUUGCAAGGGUUUCCCUUGCAAGGUUGUGCCAUGCAUUAUCUAGAGCCCGUUCUUUAGAUGAGAGACCUGACAUCAAAUCUCAGUUCAGUUCUCUUCUCUAUCAACUUCUUCUGGAUCCCAGUGACAGGGUUUGCUUUGAAGCAAUACUCUGUGUUGUGGGAAAAGUUGAUAACUCAGAAAGGACUGAAGAAAGAGCUGCUGGAUGGAUUCGAUUGACCAGAGAAAUCCUCAAGUUGCCUGAGGCACCUUCUGUGGCAUCAAAAGACAGCCUAUCAAAUGAAGCUGUUCCACCAAAAUCAAAAUCUGGUUCUAAAGCAAGGCGUCCUCAGCCUCUUAUCAAACUUGUAAUGAGACGGUUGGAAAGCUCUUUCCGUAGCUUUUCUCGACCUGUACUUCAUGCUGCUGCAAGAGUUGUUCAGGAAAUGGGAAAAAGCAGGGCAGCGGCAUAUGCAGUAGGUUUUUAUGAUGAGGGAACUCAGCUUCAAGCGUACUCUGAGAAUGUUGAAUCUGUUGAUUCUGAUCUUAAUGACAGCUCGCAAUCUGAAGCAACCCGGAAGGCAACGCCACUGUCAAAUGGACCAGGUGGUGUGGAAACAAUUGCCAGUCUAUUAGCUUCACUAAUGGAAGUUGUGCGGACAACUGUAGCAUGUGAGUGUGUAUAUGUUCGUGCAAUGGUGGUAAAAGCUCUGAUCUGGAUGCAAAAUCCACAUGAGUCGUUUGAUGAAUUAAAAGAUAUCAUUGCGUGCGAGCUGUCUGACCCUGCCUGGCCGUCAGCACUUCUAAAUGACAUAUUGCUUACUUUGCACGCUCGGUUCAAGGCAACGCCAGAUAUGGCUGUCACUCUACUUGAAAUUGCAAGAAUAUUUGCUACUAAAGUUCCUGGGAAAAUUGAUGCUGAUGUUUUGCAACUCUUGUGGAAAACAUGCCUUGUUGGAGCUGGACCAGAUGGGAAGCAUUCGGCCUUGGAAGCAGUCACAAUAGUUCUUGAUUUACCGCCUCCCCAGCCCGGUGCAAUGUUGGGACUUACGUCCGUCGAUAGGGUGUAUGCAGCGGAUCCAAAAUCUGCACUGGCAUUGCAAAGAUUAGUGCAGGCUGCAGUUUGGUUCCUUGGUGAAAAUGCUAAUUAUGCUGCAUCUGAAUAUGCCUGGGAGUCUGCAACACCUCCUGGCACUGCACUCAUGAUGUUAGAUGCUGACAAAAUGGUUGCUGCUGCGAGCUCCCGUAAUCCUACUCUCGCUGGUGCAUUGACACGGCUCCAGAGGUGUGCUUUUAGUGGCAGCUGGGAGGUUCGAAUUGUUGCUGUCCAAGCCCUAACCACUAUGGCAUUCAGAUCUGGGGAGCCUUACAGACUACAGAUAUAUGAAUUUCUCCAUGCUUUGGCUCUAGGUGGUAUGCAAUCUCAGUUUUCGGAAUUGCAACUUAGCAAUGGAGAAGACCAAGGUGCCAGUGGUACUGGUCUUGGAUCCUUGAUCAGUCCCAUACUAAAGGUCCUGGAUGAUAUGUACAGCGCACAAGAUGAUCUGAUCAGAGAUAUGCGAAACCAUGAUAACAGUAAGCAGGAAUGGUCGGAUGAAGAACUCAAGAAACUUUAUGAGACUCAUGAGAGGCUUCUUGAUUUGGUUUCUUUGUUCUGUUUUGUUCCUCGGGGCAAAUAUUUACCAUUGGGUCCUACCAGUGCCAAACUCAUUGACAUUUAUUGCAAUCGGCAUAAUAUAAGUGCAUCAAGCGGUCUGAAUGAUCCUGCGGUUGCUACUGGGAUAUCUGAUCUUGUAUACGAAUCCAAAGAAGUACAUAAAGAGCCUCAUAUUAGUAAUGCAAUUGAUCCUGAAUUGGCAAUGGCCUGGGCGGCUGGCUUGGAUGAUGAUGGUCUUUGGGGAAACAAUGCACCAGCCAUGGAUAAAGUAAAUGAAUUUCUUGCUGGUGCUGGAAUUGAUGCUCCUGAUGUGGAUGAAGAAGAGGAGAACAUGACUUCUCGACCAUCAGUCACUUAUGAGGAUAUGUGGGCUAAAACAAUUCUAGAGACUUAUGAUGCAGAGGAAGAUGAUGCGAGGUCAUCUGGGUCCUCAUCCCCUGGGUCAGUUGGUUCUGUUGAGACUUCAAUAUCGUCCCAUUUUGGUGGAAUGAGCUAUCCAUCAUUGUUCAGUUCACGCCCGUCUGGCUAUGGAGUUUCACAACAAACGGAGAGAAGGCCGUCUCACACUGGAAGGAGGUCUAGCAACAUUGAGGAGAUUGCUGAAGAACCCCCUCCAUACUCAUCCCCUGCUUUUGAAAGAAACGAGUCAUUUGUGAACCCUUUAGCUGGGGUUGGGGCUCAAAGCUUUGAAUCUCAGGAUGAUAAGGACAGCUCCACUUCUGGACACCCACAGUUUGGAAAAGCAUUAUAUGACUUCACAGCUGGUGGCGACGAUGAGUUAAGCUUGGUUGCUGGAGAAGAGGUUGAAAUUGAGGACGAGGUUGAUGGUUGGUACUAUGUGAAGAAGAAACGGCCCGGAAGGGACGGAAAGAUGGCUGGCCUAGUUCCGGUUCUCUAUGUGAACUCAUGAUGAUGAUGGUUGCCAUCACCUUAGGAGUGUGAGAAUCAACUUAUAUUUUUGCAGUCUUUCCUGCUGAUCGUUUUAGCAUCCUUAACAUCGAUUGUGCCAUCCUCGAUACUAGUGAGUUUUUCGUGGUGUUUAUUCCAACAUGCGUGUAAUACGAGUAGUACAUUCCGUUCAUUGUUCAUAUGUUUUGCGUUGCGAACGAACCCUCUUACCGUUCAGGAUUUUUUUCCCUCCCUUCGGCCUAUAUUCAGAAGUGUCUGUUGUCCUCAUGUAGCAGUAUUCUGUGUGUGAUUCUCGGGCUGCGGAAGAUGAUCUGCUGUGUCAAUUCUUGUAUCUUUGAUUUCUCAUUCUUUUACUCUCUAAAACGGGUGUAUUACUUAGUUGAUGGCUUGUUAUGUAUAUUUUUUUGGGAGACUGCAUGUACACGGAUGCAAAGUUAUAGGAAUCUGUUCUUGUAGUAUGUACCAUAGUAAUCUAUGCGUGAUUUGUAGCGCGUGUGAUUUUUAAGUUCA